CCUUAUUGCGUCAGGUUAAUUUGAUGUCUUAAGAACCAAAUUUCGUUGUGAGAAUCCACCAGAGAUUGAAUUGAGUAUUACACCAUCAUGGCAUUUGUAUUCCAGCCUGAUUGUUGAAAGGGAAGGCCAAACAGGCCUCCCAGCAAGUCAAGCCAUCGCCAACGGUAAGGAGGGAAACGUUUCACGGCGGAAAAUUUCGAUCAAAAUUUUUUUGUCGCUACUGCUGACUUACGACAUCACAUCGCCACUUUUGUGCAACGUCAUACAUCUUACUUGGCAAAAUCGGAAUACACGUAAGAUCUAUUACGAACAAAAUUACGGAUUUAUAGUCGCCUGCUUUUCUCUUUAUUCGUAACACGAAGAAGAGUCAUUUUUAAGAGAAAACUGCGUUGCUUUAAAUGAACUCUACGACGAAUCGUUACCAUCCCUAUCAGCGCAAUGCAUCCAAAACAAAUAUUGAAUCUACGCCAUUACCAAACUUGACUAUAACUCAUCAGGCAGCGAAGCGAACGAAUGAUUUACCACAAAUAUGCAAGGUUGGGAAAUAUCUUUUAUUGGAACGUCCAGGUGGAAGCGCUCUUUACAAAGCGGUGGACACCGAAACGAGAACAGAACUUGCUUGCAAAAUCAUAGACGUCAAUAAAUUCCGGGAGACUCUAGCGCCGAUGUUUCAUCUUCCUCCACACGAUGGCAUCAACAAGAUUAUAGAAAUCUUGGUCAGUGACUCCUACGCUUAUGUUUUUUUUGAGCGAUCGUUUGGAGAUUUACAUUCUUACGUUAGAACAAAACGUAGACUGAAGGAGGAGGAAGCAAGCAAAUUAUUUCACCACAUCGUCAGUUCAGUUGCACAUUGUCACGAGUCGGGUGUUGUCUUGCGCGACCUGAAACUUAGAAAGUUUGUGUUUAAAAAUCCCGAAAGAUCAAAUGUAAAACUUGAGGGAUUAGAAGACGCUUAUCCUCUUGACGGCGAAGAUGACACUCUCGAAGACAAGCAUGGCUGCCCUGCUUAUGUGAGUCCGGAGAUUUUACAAGCAAGCGGUGGUUACUCGGGCAAGGCAGCCGAUGUGUGGAGUCUGGGAGUGAUGUUGUACACUAUGUUAGUCGGACGAUACCCGUUCCACGAUACAGAACCGAGUGUGCUUUUCACGAAAAUUCGACGUGGACAUUUCACAGUUCCGGACACGAUAUCAUCAAAAGCGAAAUGUCUGAUUCGCUCGAUGAUGCGCCGUGAACCCACAGAAAGACUGUCUGCCCGGGAAAUCCUUGAACAUCCUUGGUUUACGUCAAGUUUUCAUAUCACUAGUCCUUGUAAAAUAGACCAGAAAAUAGCUGAUCAAACCGUGCCAGAUUUGGCCUCAGAUGACACGCCUUCUUUCUUUGUUUGAGUGCCUUGUUUACUAUAGCAGAUUAUUUAAUUUUUUGUGUACAUAUAUACAUAAAUAGAAAGAACUAUCUCAUUCUUAAGACAAGAUGGAGGAAAAGUGCUUCUUAAAGAGAAAUUAUUCGGUCGAUUUUUUCACUGUUAAAAACCGAUCGCUCGUUAUAGCUUUCUUAAGCAGGUAUUUCUUAUAAUCUUAUGGAGCACUCGUAAUAUUAAGAAAGUGUUCAUAUGUUAUUAUGUUUUUCUUACUUUUUUUUUCCUAGCGUGAAAUGCGUUAUGCAUAAGGAUAUAAGCUUUGCAAUGUUGGAAGUUUCACUUUUUUGAGCUUUUGAUAGCAAGGUGGGAAUUAUUAUUGACUGCCAUUUGAAAGCGAACGCGCAAGAAGUUUAUUGGUUGGAAAAAUUGGAAGGGUAAUCCGGACGUCUCGACAUUUUCUGUGCUGCAGUCACAGUUUAAACGUUGUGAUUAAAGAUUGAAAAUUUAUUGAAA